AUGAACACCGCAAGGUCGACGCUCGUUCGACGAGCAGUUCCUUCGCGAGUACUGCCCUCACCUUUGAUCCGUCGAAGAACCGCUCCUUUCCUAGUAUCCGGUACAACUCACCCUGCCAUUCCUCGCUCCGUGCUUCCGGCUGCCACAUUCGUUCGCACGUACGCCAAUGGCCGACCUCAUCCACCUGGCGGAACCCAUCGCAUGAAUAUGGGAGGCGAGCCCGAGAAAUCUGCUUUGGAAGAAUAUGGCGUCGAUCUUACAGCGCGAGCCAAAGAAGGAAAACUAGACCCGGUCAUUGGAAGAGAUGGAGAGAUCCACCGAACGAUACAAAUUCUCUCACGGCGUACGAAGAACAAUCCUGUCUUGAUCGGGGCAGCCGGAACAGGCAAGACUGCCAUUCUCGAAGGUCUUGCACAGAGGAUAGUAAGGGGAGACGUACCCGAAAGCAUCAAGAAUAAGAGAGUGAUCUCCUUGGACCUGGGUCAAUUAAUAGCAGGUGCCAAGUUCAGAGGUGACUUUGAAGAACGGUUGAAGAAAGUUCUAAAGGAGGUACAAGACGCACACGGUGGAGUCAUCCUUUUUGUCGAUGAACUGCACACCCUGCUCGGUCUGGGAAAGGCUGAAGGAUCAAUUGAUGCAAGCAACCUCCUGAAGCCAGCUCUGUCGCGCGGUGAACUGCAAUGUUGCGGUGCCACGACUCUGAACGAGUACCGCCAAAUCGAGAAAGAUGUGGCGCUCGCACGUCGCUUCCAACCAAUCCUCGUGGGCGAGCCUUCGGUCCAAGACACGAUCUCCAUCUUACGUGGUAUCAAGGAUCGCUACGAAGUCCACCACGGCGUUCGCAUUACAGAUGGUGCUCUGGUGGCCGCCGCAACGUACAGUAAUAGAUACAUCACAGAUCGUUUUCUCCCCGACAAAGCCAUAGAUCUUGUUGACGAAGCAGCUUCUGCCCUUCGCCUGCAACAAGAAUCCAAACCCGACGCGAUCCAAAAACUAGACCGCGAGAUCAUGACCAUUCAAAUCGAGCUCGAGUCGUUGCGCAAAGAAACCGACAUUGCCUCCAAGGAACGUCGACAAAAGUUGGAGGAGACGCUCGCAGACAAGAAGAAAGAAGUGGCUCGUCUGACCGAGAUUUGGGACCGCGAGAAAGCGGAAAUCGAAGCCAUCAAGCGAACCAAAGAAGACUUGGAAAAGGCCCGACAGGAAUUGGAGCAAGCCAGACGCGAAGGAAACUUUGCUCGUGCAGGUGAACUUCAAUACGCGACUAUUCCAAAACUCGAAUCUCAGCUCCCCAGAGAAGGCGAAGAAGUCACCUCGGCGACCAAGGAUGGAGAAACCCUGAUUCAUGACUCGGUGACUGCUGAUGACAUUGCCAACGUUGUCAGCCGGACGACGGGAAUCCCAGUCAACAAACUUAUGGCCGGAGAAGUCGAAAAGCUUGUGAAGAUGGAAGACAAAUUGCGCGAACAUGUCCGUGGCCAAGACGAAGCUCUUACAGCGGUGGCCAACGCGGUCCGCAUGCAACGAGCAGGUCUCAACGGGGAAAACCGUCCGCUCGGAAGUUUCAUGUUCCUUGGACCUACCGGUGUGGGAAAGACAGAACUUUGCAAGCAGAUUGCCAACUUCCUCUUCAGCACGGAAUCCGCGGUGGUACGGUUCGACAUGUCGGAAUUCCAGGAAAAGCACACCGUCUCGCGACUCAUUGGCGCCACCGCAGGCUAUGUGGGGUACGAGGACGCAGGACAGCUGACGGAAGCUGUGCGACGCAAACCGUAUGCCGUCCUCCUGUUCGACGAGUUUGAGAAAGCCCACCGUGACAUUUCAAGCUUGCUGCUGCAGGUACUGGAUGAAGGAUUUCUUACCGACAGCCAAGGCCACAAAGUCGACUUCCGAAACACUUUGAUUGUCCUGACCAGCAAUCUUGGUGCCGAAAUCCUGAUGGGCAGCGGCGCAGAUGUGGAAGCGGUGACCCCCGAACAAAAGAAGGGUGUGAUGGAAGUUGUGCAAGCUUCAUAUCCGCCUGAGUUCCUCAAUCGGAUUGACGAAUUCAUCAUCUUCAACAAGCUGUCGAAAUCUGCCUUGCGAGACAUUGUGGACAUCCGGAUCCGCGAGCUUCAAGGGCGCCUUGAUGAUCGUCGGAUCGCUCUCGAUAUUUCGUCCGAAGUUAAGGAUUGGUUAUGCGAGAAGGGCUACGAUCCUCGGUACGGCGCCAGACCACUCAAUCGCCUCAUACAGCACGAGAUUGGACGAAGGCUGGCAGACAGGAUCAUCAGAGGUGAACUGAAGACCGGAGAUACCGUGAAGGUCAUCCUGGGCAAAGACAGGGAGACCCUGGACUUGGAAGUUCAAGCAAAAGCAUGA